UAUCUCACGCCAACACAGCAGACGGUGGGACCAUGAAGACUGUGGUGGCUCUGCUGCUGCUCUGUCUGUGUGAUCCUGGACACAGUGACUGCCAGGGAGACUGCCUGUCCUGCAGCAACAUCCUGCCCAAACAGCUCAGUUUCAACACCAUGGUGUGUCUCAUUGAGUGCGAAGGAAACAUCUCCCCGGCUUUCUCCUGGGACCUCUGUCGUAAAGCGUUGUCUUCACCUAUUUCCUCCCUCAGUGGUACUAUGCGGAAAAGAUCUCAGGAGGAGGUGGAGGCCCUGUUUCCUGAGGAGGGAGAGCAGAUGGAGGGAGGUCUGUUGCUGCCCAUUGCAUUGCAGAGGUUUGAUCAUGUGACCCGCGCACUUGGAGUGGACGAGAGGGAUCUGGGUGGCAAGGGCAACCACCUGAACACUGCCUACAAUUCCCAGAAUGCUUUGUCUCUUGAUGAUGAGUAUGAUGAAGAGGCAGGGCAGGAAGAAGGGGAUGCUGACAUGGCAGCCGGACAGGGUGAUGUAGGGCUGAGUGUCUCCAAGAGGUUUGGCGGUUUCGUCAAAGGGAGGCAUGGCUACAGGAAGCUGAUGUCUCCAGGAAGAUCGUACCAGAAGAGGUAUGGUGGCUUCAUUGGUAUUCGGAAGUCAGCCCGCAAGUGGAACAACCAAAAACGUUUUAGCGAGUUUCUGAAGCAGUAUCUGGGAAUGAGCACUCGGGCCACUGAGUUCAACAGCGUGUCGGAGGACCUCACCAAUCAGAAUGAAGUUUAG